CUUCGAGGGUCUGUCGCCUGUUGGCUUGUUCAGGUUCACUACCUACCAUCAUCGCAUGGUGUUUCUUCUAAGUACUCUACCUUCCUCCUCCGUCGCAUGAAGAGUGCUCUGUGGAAUCUCCAUAUCUCAUCGGAAUUCUCAACUAUCCCACAUUGAAAUCAACCAGGGAGGAGCCCGAGACACCCUAUCUAUCGAUUAUCGAUUAACCACCUUACCUUUGCUUGCGCUCUAUCUUCCUCUCUAGCAUGGGGGAUACCCAGCAUCAUCGCAUCGUUCCCGGUCUAUUAGGCGGCCGUGUGCCUAGACGAUAAGGCUCCUGGAUACUCUAGAUCAGCUGGAACCCUACAAAUCCACGAUGGAUGCCAACGAACGAGAGCCCGAUCGCGGUGCCGCGGACAACGACCAAGACUUUGAGCGCGUGCUUGCUGACCUGAACAAUCCCGAUGGAGGCGCCUACGAGUUCAUGUCUCGGGAUCUCGAGGCAGGCGAAAAGGCCGACGAUGCGGUCGACUUCGAGGACAUCAGCGACGGCAGUUUAGCUGAUGAGGAGGAGCAACCCCGACAGGCCGAUCUCGACAACGACUUGGAUGACCUAUUCAACGACGCCCCAACCUCUCCUGCGGACGAAAACAUAACAACUGGUGCAACUGGGACCGUCCAGCUUGGGUCCGAUAGCGUCGAGGGUGCCCCCGAUGGCGGUGUUCCGUCGUUCAUCUCCGAUGCUGAUCUCUUCGGCGAGGAGCCGAUCGAACCCGAGGAGCAUGAAACUCCCAUCGUCGAAACCACCGAAUCUACCGAAACCCUCGAUGCACCGCAAUUCCGACCCAUCGACUUUAGCGGGGCCAGGGCCGCCUCGGUGGAUGAUCUGGACGAUGUUGAUGACGCAGUUCGUGAGCAGUAUGAACUGUUCAGAGAUGCACAGGAUCGAAUGAAACGAGCCACGAGCGGUACUCGACUGAUUGACCGAGUUGGCGAGACUUUGACCGACAAUGAAGCCUUAGAGCUUCUUUGGCCAAACUUUGAUCCUGAUGAAGUUCCUCGGUUUGCUACACUCAUCCCGCAAAAGCGCGCUUUCUACCCGCAAAAAGUGCCACCGAAGCCGCCAAAAGCGGUUCAUCCAUCGAAGCUCAGUCUCGAACUGGCUGCGGACUCGGAGCGGCUUUUUAAGCUGCCAGGACCUGCGAAGGAGACCAAUCCGGAGAGACGCCGUGAAUAUGCGGAAAUCAUGGGCCUCCACUUGGUGGAGGACGAGAUCAUAGAAGAAGAAAGCGAGGAUGGCUUGGACUACGAGGACAUUGAUUGGAAUGAGGACGUUGGCGGCGUGAAGAUGCGGGACCUGGCAGUCGUAUGUCAAGAUUGGGACCUGCCCUCACUUGCAGGUUCGGAUCAGGAGACACCCCCAGAGGCGCCAUUUGAGGAGAGCUUCGAGGAUGAGCUGUGGGGUGACGCGACGGAGCAACCGCCUGCCAAGAAACGCCGUCUGGAUGAUAUUGCUAUCGGCGGGUCGAUGGCGGCCUUUGUCGACGAGUACUUGCCCUUCGAUGAUCCCGAGGAGCUUACUGCUCAGCUCGCGCAGAAGGUGUUCCUCGCUGGAGACGACCCGAAUCUGUUACUGGACCAGCGGAAACCCGACGCCGCAAAGAAAGGCACCGCAUCCACGUCAUUCCGGAUGUCGCAACGACCCCCGCACCAGAGUAGGAGAGAAUGGAUCACCAGCCGCUACUUCAUAUCCAACGAUGCUGCCUAUGUGCGGCUGAAAGAAAACCGAUCUCACAAAGUCCGGAGCAACCUGGGAAACUUGUCCGUGGAACACGGUUUGCCAGCCUUGAAGCUUCAAUAUCCGUUCUACAAGGUGAAACUCACCGCGCGAGAGUCUCGGUCUUUUCAUCGCCAUCCCAUGCAUUUUAUUCCGAACUCGAUCAUCCGGUUCAGCAAGCUGGCGUCGGUCAAGCGAAAGAACAUGCGAAACAAACCAGCUUCUACCGUCUUCGAAAAAGCAAAGGAUUUAACGUUUGGCGACAACUCGAACAUGGUUCUCCUGGAGUAUAGCGAAGAGUAUCCGACCAUGCUAUCAAAUCUCGGAAUGGGCAACCGCAUUCUGAACUACUACCGAAAGAAAGAUAACGACGACACCAAUCGGCCGAAGCUGGACAUUGGAGAGACGAUCGUGCUCCUACCCGAGGACAAGUCACCUUUCUCGAUAUUUGGCGGCGUCAACCCAGGCGAGCAGGUGCCCACGAUCCACAAUCAGAUGUUCCGGGCUCCCGUCUUCCGACAUGAAGCCAAAGGAACGGAUUUUCUUGUGGGUGUCUCGAGGACCGGGGUUGGAGGCGAUGAAUGGUUUAUGCGCCCCGUCGAGAACCUCUACGUGGUGGGACAGCAAUUCCCAUCGGUCGAAGUACCUGGCACGCAUUCUCGGAAAGUGACCGAUGCGGCGAAGAGGCGAUUGCGGAUGAUCAGCUACCGUAUUUUCGGGAAGACGGCGAAGGACGAUCUUCGGAAUAACCAGUUGAAUAAUGAGGUCGUUCGACAACAUCUCCCCGGAUCGGAUAUCACGCAAAACAGGGGGAAGAUGCGAGAGUUUAUGCACUACAACAAGGAACUGCAGACAUGGGAGCCGAAAGGCGACACAGCCCUCCCUGACGAGCAAACCAUGCGAGGUUGGAUCAAGCCCGAAGAUGUGUGCUUACUGGAUAGCAUGCAAGUCGGCCAUCGCCAUCUGUUGGAUUCCGGUUAUAACAAGGAGGGUAAUGAUGAGUACGAAGAAGACGAUGAGAAAGAAGGGCAAAGCCUGGAAGAACGACUGGCUCCGUGGAACACGACGAAGAAUUUCCUGAACGCCUGCCAAGGCAAGGCGAUGCUUGCGCUGUAUGGGGAAGGGGAUCCAUCGGGACGUGGCGAAGCAUUCAGCUUUGUCCGCACUAGCAUGAAAGGCGGUUUCAAAGCGAUCGGAGAGAGCGUCGAGGACAAACUGAAUGCGAAACGCAUGAAAGACUUGGGUGGUCAUAGCUACAAUGUGGCGCAGCAGCAAAAGGCGUACGAGGAGGCAAUUCGGGGCAUUUGGGCGAAGCAGAAUUCGAGCCUCUCUUCCACGGUUGAGCAUGACGAGGUGGAAAUGGACAUUGACGAGGAACCCGACACGGCUAUCCCUGGUCGAACCCCACGGUCGGAGGUCGCCACGCCACGGCACAGCAGCUUUUUCCGGCGGGAUGACGACUCCGUGAGUCAGUUCAGCAAGUUCAGUACCGGCAGUCAAAGCGGGAAGGUCCUUCGCAUUGUGAGAGACACGCGUGAUCGCCAUGGGAACAAACAGACGGAAGAAGAAGUGAUCACGGACGAGAAGGUUAUUCGGGAGUAUAUGAAGCGGCGCAAGGCCGAAGAACUGAGUCAGUUGAAACUGGGCGAUCUCCGGCCCACGGGGGAUGCGGACUUCGACGCGAAGCAGAAGAAAAUGCUUCAACUCGAGCUCGAGCGAUUACAAAAGAAUAUCGAGCGGCGUCAUGUGCGGGAGAAGGCCAAAGGGGUGCGGGUUACGGAUGGAUCAACACCAGGAACGCCGGGGUCUCCCCUCGCGGCGCCAGCGAAGAACGUUGGCACCCAGCGGAAAUGCGCGAACUGCGGGCAAAUUGGCCACAUCAAGACCAACAAAAAACUCUGCCCGCUCCUGAACGGCAAGCAGAAGCAGGAGGAUGGAUUUGACAACGCGGCGUUCGCACAGGCGCAGUCCGGAUUUGGGAUGGGGAUGUCAGGGAGUCCGAGUUAAGGGAGAGGAAUCAAUGUUGUCUGGGUGACAGACAGAGCAGACAGUCAUUAGCGGAAAGCUACACGCGUGGGACUAUGGUGCAUGAUGGAUGCAAUUGUUCACGCUACCUAUGGUUCGCAUCACCGAUGUAGAGUCUCUUCCUUUGCUUCACCGUGCGAAUCGACAUUUCGCAGGUCAAGUCAAGUCGAGAGAGAGAUGGGUCACAUCGCAAUGGUUCCUUGUCUAGGUAUGGCCUAGUUAAAAACAACCAACAAAACAGAAUAAUAUAUAAUAGCAAGACUACAGAUA